AUGAAUCUAUAAUACUUCCCGGUUUUUAUCUAAAAAUUUCUACUUUUUGUGAAAUUUCAUAUUUGCUAAUUAUAAACUUACACUUUAGACUAAGAAGACUGGUUUAAAUAUGUAGAAGAAGAUUUAAUGUACCACUGAAGAAAAAUCAUCGUGUAUUAGAAGUUAUUAGAGUCCAUGUGUUUACCGAAGUUUGCAUACAAUCUUACAGAAAACAUCUUCGUUGAAUAUCUAAAUUCUUUUGACAGGAUACACAGAAAGAGUCAACACAUUUAUCUUGGUUUUCACAAGAAUAUUAAACAGCAUCACGCGUGAGAGGAACAAACAAUUUAUAUGAAGCAGUAUGCUGAUCACAAUUUUGACACUAGCAUCGUUAUUUACUGCUACUAAUGGGCACGGAAGACUAAUUUUACCGCCAGGUAGAUCCACGAUGUGGCGGUAUGGAUAUAACACUCCUAAGAAUUACAACGACAACCAGGUUUCCUGUGGCGGAUUUUACAAACAAUGGACUUUAAACAAGGGAAAAUGUGGAUUAUGUGGAGAUCCAUGGGACGGUACACGCGAGAACGAGGCUGGAGGAAAAUAUGCGACUGGCACUAUUACUGGAAAUUAUACUGCCGGAAACACAAUGGAAGUGAAACUAGAAAUAACAGCCUCGCAUCGAGGUUUCCAUGAAUUUCGUAUUUGUCCUGUUAAUAACCCGAGUGUACCCGCAACUCAGUCAUGCUUUGAUGCACAUUUACUCCAUCAACCAAACGGGCUAACAAAAUUUGAUGAGCCAGGAGCUGUUGGGACAUAUGCAGUAACACUUGUUCUUCCUCAAGAUGUAUCAUGUACACAAUGUGUGCUACAAUGGAUAUGGAAUACAGGUAACUCUUACGGCUGUGACCAGAAAAACACAUGUUGUAUUGGCUGCGGUCCUCAGGAACAGUUUUAUGGAUGCGCCGACAUAGCUAUUUCUCCUGCAUCAGGAUAUUCUGCUAUCGACAAUCAAGCAACAUCCUACCACAUCAGGAACUUCACUUGGUGUUAUAUUUACAUACUUGUUAUCCAAAUAAUGAUUCUUAAUUUAUAUUUUUGAACAGAAAUACACUUUAAACAAAAAUUUUAAAAUAUUUAUACUCAUAAGAAUUUGAUAUUCAAAACAAUUUUAUUUUUAUUAUUAUUAUAUAUCGACGUAUCGAUAUGUCUUUAAUGUUGACCACUUUCGUCUUUGUGUGUGUUUUGUAAUAAAAUUUGAAGCACAUGA